AUGGCUUCGUCCGUGCCGUCGCCCGAGUCGAAAAUCCCGUUAGAGCGUGACGAUGAAGGGCGGCCGCGUUUCAAAGGCUGUUCAUCGAUUCGUGAAUAUGAUUUUCUAGGGAAGCUAGGAGAGGGAACAUUUGGCGAGGUGUACAAGGCUCGCUCGAAACAAUCCGGAUCCAUCGUUGCACUGAAGAAAAUAUUAUUGCACAAUGAAAAGGAUGGGAGUAAUAUCCUUCACCGCGAUAUGAAAGCGGCCAACCUUCUGAUAAGUAACAAAGGAAUCCUUCAAAUUGCGGAUUUUGGUCUCGCAAGGCCAUAUGAUGGUCCUCCCCCUACACCCGGAAAAGGCGGAGGAGAAGCUGUGCGAGAUUAUACUUCUCUUGUUGUCACCAGAUGGUAUCGCCCUCCCGAGUUAUUACUUCAACUCCGACGGUAUACGACGGCCAUCGAUAUGUGGGGCGCAGGAUGCGUCUUCGGUGAGAUGUUUAAAGGAAAGCCUAUUCUUGCCGGAAGCAGUGAUUUGAAUCAAGCACAGUUAAUAUUCAGCCUGGUCGGCUCCCCCACAGAGGAAAAUAUGCCAGGCUGGAGCGCUCUCCCCGGCUGCAAUGGCGUGAAGAGCUGGGGUUCUAAACAAGGCAAUCUCUCGACCGUUUUCAGAGAGCAAGGGCCCGGGGUGAUAUCAUUGCUCUCUGAACUCCUAAAACUUGACUGGCGCAAGCGAAUCAAUGCGUUCGAUGCACUAAAACACCCUUAUUUUCUUAACCCACCUCAUCCUGCCCGCCCUGGCGACUUACCUCAAUUCGAAGAUUCACAUGAACUUGAUAGAAGGAAGUUUCGUGGGCAAAAGGCCAUGCCACCAGCUCCUGCAGGUGGCUCCGUGGGAAUGGGUGCCAACGGUGAAUGGACCUCCGGUUCAGGGGUAAGGGCUCCACUUGACACAAAGCCAAGUAGCAGAAUACCAAGUGCUGCACGCAAUGGUGUCCCUCGAGGAGCAUUUCCAGAUUCAACCCGUGGCCAUAAGAGACAAGCGUCAGACGAGCUACCCUCCCGAGCACGUGAUGCUGGGAGACCACAGGGUCAACUACCUCAGGGGAGAUCGAAUACCGCGGCCUGGCGUGGUGCUGAGCGUCGAGAUCCGCGCGGUUGCGACUCCUACGUCCCCAAGUAUGGCGAAGAUUCUAACGCUAUCCCGCGAAGAGACAACCUCGAUAGCCGGCCACGUCCAGACUCUCGUGGAGAUCGGUUUUAUCGCCCUAGCCGAAGCAGGAGCCCCGAUAGGCCCCGGAGCCGCACGGGAGACAGCGAUACGCAUAACAUUUACAGACGCUAA